AUGUUAGCGUCCUACACGACGGUGGGUGGAAUGUUAGCGUCCUACACGACGGUGGGUGGAAUGUUAGCGUCUUACACGACGGUGGGUGGAAUGUUAGUGUCCUACACGACGGUGGGUGGAAUGUUAGUGUUCUACACGACGGUGGGUGGAAUGUUAGUGUCCUACACGACGGCGGGUGGAACGUUAGUGUCCUCCACGACGGAGGGUGGAACGUUAGUGUUCUACACGACGGUGGGUGGAACGUUAGUGUUCUACACGACGGUGGGUGGAACGUUAGUGUUCUACACGACGGCGGGUGGAACGUUAGUGUUCUACACGACGGUGGGUGGAACGUUAGUGUUCUACACGACGGUGGGUGGAACGUUAGUGUCCUACACGACGGUGGGUGGAACGUUAGUGUUCUACACGACCGUGGGUGGAACGUUAGUGUUCUACACGACGGUGGGUGGAACGUUAGUGUUCUACACGACGGUGGGUGGAACGUUAGUGUUCUACACGACGGUGGGUGGAAUGUUAGUGUUCUACUCGACAGUGGGUGGAAUGUUAGUGUUCUACACGACGGUGGGUGGAAUGUUAGUGUUCUACACGACGGUGGGUGGAACGUUAGUGUUCUACACGACGGUGGGUGGAAUGUUAGUGUUCUACUCGACAGUGGGUGGAACGUUAGUGUUCUACACGACGGUGGGUGGAACGUUAGUGUCCUACACGACGGUGGGUGGAACGUUAGUGUUCUACACGACGGUGGGUGGAACGUUAGUGUUCUACACGACGGUGGGUGGAAUGUUAGUGUUCUACUCGACAGUGGGUGGAAUGUUAGUGUUCUACACGACGGUGGGUGGAAUGUUAGUGUUCUACACGACGGUGGGUGGAAUGUUAGUGUUCUACACGACGGUGGGUGGAAUGUUAGUGUUCUACUCGACAGUGGGUGGAACGUUAGUGUUCUACACGACGGUGGGUGGAAUGUUAGUGUCCUACACGACGGUGGGUGGAAUGUUAGUGUCCUACACAACGGUGAGUGGAAUGUGUAUUGCAGUAUUUCAUUGUUUCAUAGAGCGUUUUCAUCUCAAUUAA